AUGGCCGAGGUUGUGGGUGACAGUGUGGGCGAGUCUGCUGGUGAGUCGCAGCAGUCUCUUGUGCCUCUGCAAUCCGCACAGGAGCUUGUAAUGGAGAAGAUGCGGCAGCACUCCUUGGCUUCUGCUCAUGCUGCUGCUACUAUGAACAAUGGCGUGGGAGUAGGAGUGGGAGAGGGAGAUGGAGAGGGGAAUGGGGAGGGGGAGGGGGCGAUUCAGCGGUUUUGCUGUGGGGAUGGUGGUGGGUGCGUGGAUGUAGACGUGGGGGUGGUUGGCGUGGUGGGGUGUGACGGCGGGGAGAUGGGCGAGGAGGGGCAAUCAGUGCAAGUGCAGGUGGUGGUUGAAUUCGCUCUGGACGACUGUAGCGGAGUGGGACUGGAGCAGCAGCACCUGCAAGGGUACGUGCAGCAAGAGCAGCAGGAGCAGCAGCAGGAGCGGGAGCAGCAGCAGCAGCUGCUGUGGGGGGGAGGGCCGGAAUGUACUGUUCUGAGUGUGCAGGGGGGAGGCGUGGACGUGGAGGGGUUUUUUGGCGGGCAGUCUGGGAGUGGGGGCGUAGAGUUGGCAUUAUUAGAACCGAGCGAGGACUUGGGUAGCACGAGGCGAUGUCAUGACAAGGCAAUCCCAAUUAGUUGUGGUUAUGGCGAGAGCAGCACCAGGAGUGGCUGUAGGAGUGAGCGCAAGUGUGGAAGCGACGAGGGGGGUGAUGAGGGAGGGAGAGUGGGGGACGUGGGCUCUUGUGCUCGUGCUCUGCCGUGUGGACCCAGGCAGAAUGCACUCAAGGCGCUGAAAAGCAGGCCAGGGGCGGUUAAGGGUGUGGAGUGUGGUUGGGAGGAGAAAGGCGAGGCAUACGGGACGGAGGCAGGGGGUUCUGACACCCUUCAAUGCUGUUUACAAGGAGGGAAUUCUAGGGUGGCUGGGACCUCUGGGGUUGCUGAUGCUCCUAGUUUGGGUGCGAAGUGUGGAGUGGAUGGGGCUGCUGGUUUGGACGGGUUAUUUGCUCUGAGUGCUGCUGUUGAGGUGGCGCUAUGGGACUCGGACGAUGCGAUACCUGCCAGUCAUGCCAUGCACGGGCAUGCGAAUCAAGUGACACUGGCAUGUGCACACACACAUGCACAUACUCACCCAGACGCAUGUGCACCUGCACCUGCUCGUGCGCUUGAGUGGGCGCAAGAGGAAGAGGCAGCAGAUGCAGCGGCACAGGGGCAUGGGGGGGCGCGUGCACAUGAGCCUUGUAUCGGACCCUUGGAGGUUGAAGGCAGGGGCGGAGGUGCGCUUGUGCAUGGAUUGCUUGCAUGCGGGCUCGCUGCUGGGAUGACGGAUGGGUCUCCAGACCAGCAGACUGAAUGCAACCGUGCCCAUGGCCUGGGGAAUGCAUGGGAAGCGGGGGAUGCGAGGCAAGCUGGGGUAGGGGGGGAAGAACGUGAAGGAAACGGGUGUGUGGUUAGCUCGAGCAAUAAGGAACUAGAAAAGGGGGAAUCCGGUGAGGAGGGGUGUGUAGCAGUGGCGGUCCUAGAAAGCGAGGGGUUGGGAGGCAUAAGAGGAGGGGAUGAAGGGGAGGCUGUGGGGUCGAGAAUGCGAGUGUGGGAGGGCAAGGCUAGGGACUGCCGAGUGCAGGUGCGAGUGGGGUUCUUUCCAGAGUCACGGGUUGGGCCUUGCGCGGGGAGGUCUGCAGGGGAGAGUGGGGUCGAGGCUGUAGGAGUGGCUGAGAUGAGGGUUGGAGGUGAGGAGCUGGCGUUUGGUGAAACAGCAGGAGCAGCAGCGGGAGAGGGCGAUGUUGCGGGCAAGUUUGGUAGUGAUGAUGGUGGUGCAGGUGGGAGUGAUGGCAUGUGGAGUGCACGCACCCAUGUGCUCAUGGCGUGGGGAAAGCAGAAGGGGCGAUCAAGCGGGCACGCAUCGAAAGAGGUCAACAGGGAGGCAGGAGGAGAUGGGCUGAUGAUGCAAGUGGUGGUGGAAGGGAGUAGAGAGGAAGGCGUGUGGGUGCCUUGCAGGGUCGAAGGAGGGACGGGUGCUGCUGCUGUGACGGAGCUGGGAGGAGCAAGGCCAGAGGAGGUGCACACGCUACAGAGCCUCAAAGAUUUUGUUAGAGAUGCCCCUUCGGCAGGAGAAGCAGCGGCAGCAGGAGGAGGAGGAGGAGGAGGAGGAGGAGGAGGAGGAGGAGGAGGAGGAGGAGGAGGAGGAGGAGGCGGAGCAAUAGGAGAAGGAACAGCAGCAGGAGGAGCAGCAGGAGGAGAAGGGGUGAUUGAGCUCGAGCGGAAGAAACGAAGCAGUGGAGUGGUAGUGCCAGCUAUCCUGGGUGCUACCCAUGUGCAUGCUGAAGCACAGCUGGGGAUGCAGGAAGAGUGCAUACGUGCAGCAGAGGGGUCUGCUGCCCGCACCAGGCCCUUCCUCCCAUCGCAACGGAAAGCAGUAGGUCAAAGGAAAGUGGUGGCGGGGUUUGGAAUAGGAACGAGUGGGUUCAUGGAGGGCUUGGGUAGGAGGCGCAGUGGGGGAAGCUUCGGUGGGGGAGGGCGUGGGGGAAAGAUGGGGGGAGGAGAGUGUGGGGACGGUGAGAGUGGUGGUGCUGAAAUGGAAGAGGGCAGAGUAGGGAAUGGAGAGCGCUGUUGCAUGGGAAAGGGUGUCGGGGGACAGCGAGGGGUACACGAGGGUAAAGGGAAGGAGGUUGAGAAGCAGUGA